AUGAAAUCUGUCCUCACAUUCUCAGUGAAAGAUAAAGAGGAGGGCCCAAUGGACUCGGAAGCUCGGCCCAUGAAGGAUGAAACUUUCGGAGAGUACAGAUCUCUAGAAAGUGAUCUCGAGGAGAAGCGAACAGCCAGCCAGCCGUCUCUGUGUGAGAAGAGCAAGCUGUACAGCGAAGACAACCUCGACUUCAAUGGCAGCAGCGCCAUGACCACAGAGCUCAACAUGGAUGAGUCUCUGGCCAGCCAGAUCAGUCGUCCCAGUGGCGGUCCAGAAGGUUUCCACGGCCUGCCGGAGAACGCCCCGCUGAACCCCUCUACCUUCUCUCCCGCCACCAAUGGCGUGCCCAACUCAGUCACCAUCCUCGAUUAACCCCCACACAUCCACCGGGGACCAUCAGACCAAAAUAUGUCAACACGUAUGUGCCCAUAUGCUCCUGUUCCCUACUGACUUGCUGAUCUGUACUUCGACGACUAAUAAACAAUCAUGUUCAGAUGUCCCUGGCAGCCAUCUGAU